CAGUGCAAACUUGGAUCUGAAGGGCAGGAGCAACGGUUUACAUAUUUGUUAAGGGAAGAAUCUCAUGUUAGGAGAUCACACUCCGCUGGUUGAUGCUGCGGAGAUGGAGGCUCUAUGCAGGUUCCGCGCCGGAUGGGGCUACCCCACGGCUUUGCUGUGCACAUAUGGCUUCUUCAGUAGCGUGAAACCGCUCGAACCCUUCCUCAUCCCAUACCUGAGCGGCCCAGACAAAAACAUCACUGCAGAGCAGGUGAACAAUCAGAUCUUCCCGGUGUGGACUUAUUCUUACCUCGUUGUGUUGAUCCCCGUGUUCUUGCUAACGGACUAUCUGCGCUACAAACCAGUAGUCAUUUUUCAGGGUGUAAAUUUGUUGGUGACCUCUGGGCUACUACUAUGGGCACAAGGAGUGGCUGCCAUGCAAAUAAUGGAGGUUUUCUACAGCGUGGUGACAGCCUGCGAAGUGGCUUAUUUCUCCUAUAUCUACAGCGUGGUGGACCUUCAGCACUAUCAGAAGGUGACGGCAUACUGCCGCAGUGUUCAGCUGCUGGGCUACACAGUAGGGUCAGUCCUGGGUCAGUUAAUGGUCAGCUUCAGCCUGAUGUCCUACCAGGGAAUCCUAGUCUUGAACCUUGUCCUUAUUAGCAUUGCACUGGUAACCUCGUGCUUCUUGCCAAUGCCACAGAAGAGCAUGUUCUUCCAUCGAAAACAAGGCGUAGAUGACGCUGCCACAAGUCCUCCAGUACAAACCAGCAUAAAUGAGACUACGGGAGAGCCGGCAAGCAAUGGUGUUAUGGAACCGCAAUUGGACCGAUCUGCCAGGACUGUGGACAGAGAAGGGCAUGAGAGAAAUCCUGAAAUUUUGAGGAACCAAGACAUAGCGGCAUGCAACAAUACAGCUUCAAGGGACACAGGCCAGUGCUUUGGGGUCCUGCUCAGGCUCUGGAGAGAAUUUCUACAGUGUUACUCCAAGCAGCUGCUAUACUGGUCCCUGUGGUGGGCACUGGCCACCUGUGGAUACAACCAGACCGUCAACUAUGUGCAGGUGUUGUGGGAUCACGUGGGGGGCUCGCAGAACUUUGCCAUCUAUAACGGUGGGGUAGAGGCUGUAUCCAACCUCUUCAGUGCUGCUAUGGCCUAUGCUGUUGGAUUCACAAAAGUGAACUGGGCCACAUGGGGAGAGCUGGCACUGGGGUCCUUCUCUGGCCUUGGUGCUGCUUCACUCUUCCUCAUGACCUUCAUAGGGAAUAUCUGGGUGUGCUACGUGGCUUAUGUUAUCUUCAAGUGCUUGUAUAUGUUGCUCAUCACAAUUGCCAUGUUCCAGAUCGCAGCAGACCUGUCCAUUGAGAGAUAUGCGCUGGUCUUCGGAGGCAACAACUUUGUUGCCUUGGUCCUCCAGACAGUCAUUACGGCCAUCGUGGUGGACAGCAGAGGGCUUAGCCUGAAAAUUAUUCCCCAGUUUAUUGUGUAUGGCAGUUACUUCACUGGCAUCACCAUUCUCUUCCUCCUGAGAGGUCUAUACACAGUGGUCAGCACUCGAAGUCGCACCAAUGUUUCUCAGACACAAAGAGAAGAUGCAUUGUCAACUUGGACAGCUGUCGAUAUAGACGCAGGCAGAAAAUUAAAUGCACUCGCUCGUGGUACGGCUGCACAGUCGCAAGAGGUCACAGCGCAGCCCAAGUGA